CAGGUGGUCAGUUUAUCGAGGAAGUUACCGAUAUUGCAGAGAAAUUGAAUCGAUCGCAUCUACGCUAACCGGAGUGAUAACAAAUCUUGACCAGAUGAUGGCUUCUGCUGGGCGAUUUUCAUUUAUAAUUAAACUGAGACCACAAUCGAGAUUAUUUGGUGCUUCCACGACGAGACCUGGCACCGUCGUUCCUUUCAAACUGUCUGACAUCGGCGAAGGGAUUCGCGAAGUUACGCUGAAAGAAUGGUUUGUCAAACCCGGUGAUAAAGUCGCCCAAUUUAAUGAAAUAUGUGAGGUAGAAAGCGACAAGGCGUCAGUAACAAUAACCAGUCGAUACGAUGGCUAUAUAAAAAAACUUCAUUACAAAGUUGAUGAGGUAGCACUCGUAGGCGAUGCCCUAGUGGAUAUCGAGCUUGAGGAUGACGAUACCAAGAUAGUUAAGGAAGACUUAAGAACCAGUGAAGCUCCCCUCCAUCUCCAUAACGAAAUUGAGAAUGAUGAUCAUGAUAAAAAUACCAGGGUUUUAACGACGCCAGCUGUUCGAAGAAUUGCAGCUGAAAAUAAUGUCAAAUUGGAAGACAUUCCUGCGACGGGAAAGGCAGGCAGGAUUCUCAAAGAGGACAUUCUCAAUUUCUUGGAAAAACGAAGAGAAAAUAACAGGGAAGAGUCAGUUGAUGCAGUUCAGGCUUUUGACAGAAUCACCAAAAGCGAAAAUAAUGAAGGAAAUGAGGUGGACGUUGUUACCCUGAAGGGAUAUCAAAGACAUAUGUGGAAGACUAUGACACAAUCACUUAGUAUUCCACAUUUUGUUUAUUCCGACGAGUGUGACAUAACAAAACUUUUAGAACUACGAAAUGAUGUGAAAGAUUUUGUAAAGUCAGAUGGUGUAUCACUGACCCUCAUGCCAUUCUUUAUGAAAGCUGCGUCAAAAGCUCUGGAGAAAUAUCCCCAAUUGAAUGCGUGGUUGGACGAAAACACACAAAGCUUGAAAGUUUUCAGACGUCACAACAUAAGUCUCGCUAUGGCUACACCUGAAGGCCUCGUGGUGCCGAAUAUCAAGAACGUUCAGGACCUUUCCAUUACUGAAAUCGCCCGGAAAUUGAAUAGACUUCAGGAGCUGGGGAAACAGGCUUCAUUACCCCUAUCUGAUCUCACUGGCGGUACUUUUUCACUGUCAAAUAUAGGAGUUGUCGGUGGAACAUAUACAAAACCUGUUAUUCUUCCACCACAAAUUGUGAUUGGAGCCAUUGGAAAAGUUCAACGAGUUCCUCGUUUUGACUCCGAGGGAAAUACAAUACCUGCGAAUAUUAUUUACAUCAGUUGGGCGGCGGAUCACCGAGUCGUUGAUGGUGUAACAAUGGCCCAAUUCUCAAAUUUGUGGAAACAUUACCUUGAAAAUCCUUCUCAUCUUUUGGUUUAAAAUCCACUAUUUUGCACUCGAGUGCCAAUUUGUAGAUGCACAAAUAAUCCAGAAUAAGGAUCUGCGAAGAGAUAUCGGGAACAGAUAAGAAUUCGAUGGGUCUAAAAUAUUUUCACCUUUAACAAGGUCACUAGCUCUGUGUUAAGUGUGCAGUUCCCUAUCACGUUGUAAUAGUUUUUUUUUCAUUCAGUUUUUUCAUGAAAUAAUGUUAAGUGUACAGUACAAGUGAAUCUGCAUUCACUUAAAUAGCCAUCCCAUACUCUUACGUUGCGUUACGAGCCACUUCACCUGUCACUCUAAAAACCAUUCCAAGAAAAAGAAUAAAUUUGGGUCUUACAACUCCAAAAAGAAUCGAUGAACGAGUGGAUUACGAAGGAAGCACGCGACAAAUUUUAAGAAAAAUUGGAGCGACUGCCGCAAAUGGUGACAAAUUCGGGGAAUCAUUGACAAUUAUAAGAUUUCAUCAACUCAAUGAAUUAAAAAAAACUAGGGUUUUCAUGUAUCAAAUUAAAAGAUUCACUUUGAAAAUACACAAUUUUUUU